UCCCAGCUCUAAACAGUAGAGAUUCAGGGUUAGUCCCAGAGUUUUGCUUGGCAUCGCUGGGAGAGGAGGUGCAUUGAGAGAGAGAGAGAGAGAGAGGUGUAGUCAGUGUGUCCCUGUCUUCCUCCAGCUAGCAGAGAGAGGACCCCUUCAUCUGAAACAUAUUCAACUCUGGAGAGAAACCAUCCCACGGACUGACAGGCUUCUGGUUGCCCUUACCUCACAGGAGCACACUGAGUAGCUGGUAUUUACUGACAGUACAGAGAGAGAGCACCCUCCUGAGUACCUGGUAUUUACUGACAGUAGAGAGAGAGAGUACCCUCCUGAGUAGCUGGUAUUAACUGACAGUAGAGAGAGAGAGCACCCUCCUGAGUAGCUGGUAUUAACUGACAGUAGAGAGAGAGAGAGAGCACCCUCCUGAGUACCUGGUAUUUACUGACAGUAGAGAGAGAGAGAGCACCCUCCUGAGUAGCUGGUAUUUACUGACAGUAGAGAGAGAGAGCACCCUCCUGAGUACCUGGUAUUUACUGACAGCAUACAUGCAGCAGCAUUCUUCACCCUCCUGAAGGGAGGAGACGUUUCUCCCAUCUUCUCCAGAAGUCUUUUGAAGGAGUCAGAGUGGUGACUGCAUAGGAGAGGGAAGACCUCAGACCAGAGCUUUAACGACAUAAAACAGACCGUACAGUAACAUCCAGUACCAUCCUCGAAGAGGCCCGACUGAAGAAGAGGUCUCAGAGGAGAAGAGUUCACAUUAAAACACAGGAAACACCUGAAAACACUCCCAGGUUUACCUUCAAGAAACACAGACGCAAAACACAGACACAGACACAGGUAGUUUACAGAACUCCCUCACAUUCCACAAAGGUAGAUCAUUUCCUCUUGAAGGACAACAAUCAACCAAUCAGCCAAUCAUUCAGUCAGUCAGCCAAUCAGGAUGUCUCGUUGGGGCCGUAAGGAUGUGAAGAAGACUCCUGAGGUGAUCAGGACGGUAACAGAGGGGCUGAAGUCUCUGUACCGUCAGAAGCUCCUCCCCCUGGAGCAGUACUACGGUUUCCAUGACUUCCACUCCCCCUCUCUGGAGGACGCAGACUUUGACAACAAACCCAUGGUCCUGGUGGUGGGACAGUACUCCACUGGCAAGACUACGUUUAUCAAGUAUCUGUUGGAGCAGGAUAUCCCAGGAAGCAGGAUAGGGCCAGAGCCUACCACCGACUGUUUCACAGCCAUCAUGCACGGUGAGGUAGAGGGGGUGAUCCCGGGCAACGCUCUCAUCGUUGACCCCAACAAACCUUUUCGCAAGCUCAACCCCUUCGGCAACACCUUCCUCAACAGGUUCCAGUGUGCCCAGCUGCCCAAUCAGGUCCUGGAGAGCAUCAGCAUCAUCGACACACCGGGGAUCCUGUCAGGAGCAAAGCAGAGGGUGAGCCGAGGCUAUGACUUCCCAGCGGUGCUACGUUGGUUUGCGGAGCGCGUUGACCGCAUCAUCCUCCUGUUCGACGCCCACAAGUUGGAGAUCAGUGAUGAGUUCUCCGAGGCCAUCGGAGCGCUGCGGGGUAACGAGGACAAACUGCGCGUCGUCCUGAACAAGGCUGACAUGGUGGGAACACAGCAGCUGAUGAGGAUCUACGGUGCUCUCAUGUGGUCUCUGGGCAAGGUGUUCAACACUCCAGAGGUCUUGAGGGUGUAUAUCGGGUCGUUCUGGUCCGAGCCGCUGCUGGUUCCUGAUAACCGUCGUCUGUUUGAGCUGGAAGAGGAAGAUCUGUUUAGUGACAUCCAGAACCUUCCUCAUAACGCAGCCCUCAGGAAACUCAACGACCUGGUGAAGAGGGCACGACUGGUCAGGGUGCAUGCCCACAUCAUCAGCUAUCUAAAGAAGGAAAUGCCAACCUUCAGGAAGGACAAAAUGAAGAAGAACCUGAUCUACCAGCUUCCUGUCAUCUUCUCCAAGAUCCAGCUGCAGCACCAUAUCUCUGCUGGGGACUUCCCUGACUGCGCCAAGAUGCAGGAGCAACUGUUGAUCCAUGACUUCACGAAGUUCAAGCCCCUGAAGCCGUCCCUGAUGGCCGCUCUGGACGAGCUGCUGGCGUCCGACAUCGCCAAGCUCAUGCCCCUGCUACGCCAGGAGGAGAUUGACGCGGGGGUGCAACCAGGGGUGCAGGGGGGGGCCUUCCUGGGAACCCGUGCCGGGCCCUUCAUGGAGAACGACCCAUUUGGAGAGGUGGAGAAUGGGGGGGAGGAAGGCGAGGAAGAGGGCGAGAUGGCCUGGGUCGUGACCAAGGACAAGCCCAAAUACGACGAGAUCUUCUACAACCUGGCGCCCAACGAGGGCAAGCUGAGUGGCACCAAGGCCAAGGACUGGAUGGUGAGCACCCGGCUGCCAAACUCCGUCCUGGGGAGGAUCUGGAAGCUGUCGGAUGUGGACCGGGAUGGCAUGCUGGAUGACGAGGAGUUUGCCCUGGCCAGCCACCUGAUCGAGGUGAAGUUAGAGGGGCAUGGUCUGCCCCCUGAACUGCCCGCCCGUCUGGUGCCCCCUUCCAAGCGCAGAAUGAAAGGAUCGGAUAUAUAGAGACUAUUACAUCAACCCACCCUGUGGAGCUGACAGUAUAGCCCUCUGACGGCUGACACACACGCUACUGCCCCCCCCCCCCCACGUUGUCCUCUUGUCUCCUUGUCUUUAUGUCUGUCAGCCCCUGGGUGUAUCUCGAUAGUCUAAGGUAGCUUCCUCUGGUCUUUUCAUCUCUGGUCUUCGAGAGGGAGACAGGAAGAAAAGGUUUGACAGAGGCGCGGAGAUGAGACUCAAACCUCCCUCCCGUUGUCAUUUGUGGUCUGGAGUCCAGUGUGUCUCCAGUCUGGUUCCUUUCCCAUAGUGCAGAUGAAUUAAAGGAAAGGAGGAAGGGGAGAUACUUUACACUAUUGAAAUGCACCCCAAUUUAGUCUUACUGGAUCAUGUGUUAAGCUGAGCUGAGGUCAAAUAAAGGCUAGUGGCCCACACUGCUCUACUCUAUUAUACUAUAUUAUACUCUACUGCUCUACUAUAUUAUACUCUACUUCUCUACUCUAUUAUACUAUAUUAUACUCUACUGCUCUACUAUAUUAUACUCUACUUCUCUACUCUAUUAUACUAUAUUAUACUCUACUGCUCUACUAUAUUAUACUCUACUUCUCUACUCUAUUAUACUAUAUUAUACUCUACUUCUCUACUCUAUUAUACUAUAUUAUACUCUACUUCUCUACUCUAUUAUACUAUAUUAUACUCUACUUCUCUACUCUAUUAUACUAUUUUGUAAUCUACUAUACUCUCCUGUACUCUACUCUAUUAUAUGCUACUGUACUAUGCUGAUCUACUCUACUACAUUCUACUCUACUCUCCUUCACUCCACUCCACUCUACUCCACUACACUCUCCUACACUCCACUCUACUACACUCUACUACACUCCACUCCACUCUACUCCACUACACUCUCCUACACUCUACUCUACUACACUCUACUACACUCCUCUCCUUCACUCCACUCUACUACACUCUACUCUACUACACCCUACUCUGCUCCACUCUAAUCUACUACAUUCUACUCUACUCCACUACUCCACUCUACUAUCAUACUCCACUCUACUACACUCUACUCUACUACACUACUCCACUCUACACUACAUUACACUACACUCUACUCUACUACACUAUUACACUCUACUACACUACUACACUACACUCUACUACAUUCUACUCUACUACAUUCUACUCUACUACAAUCUACUCUACUCCACUCUACUCUACUACACUCUACUCCAUUCUACUCUACUACACUCUACUCUACUACACCCUACUCUGCUCCACUUUAAUCUACUACAUUCUACUCUACUCCACUACACUAUCCUACUACACUCUAUUACACAACACUAUACCCCACUCUUCUACACUACUCCACUCCACUCUACACUACAUUACACUACACUCUACUCUACUACACUACUACACUCUACUACACUACUACACUCUACUACACUACACUCUACUACAUUCUACUCUACUACAUUCUACUCUACUACAUUCUACUCUACUACAUUCUACUCUACUACAUUCUACUCUACUACAUCCUACUCUACUACAUUCUACUCUACUAAAUUCUACUCUACUCCACUCUACUCUACUACACUCUACUCCAUUCUACUCUGCCACAUUCUACUCUACUACAUUCUACUCUACUACACUACUACACUCUACUCCACUCCAUUCUACUCUACUAAAUUAUACUCUACCACGUUCUACUCUACUACAAUCUACUCCACUCUACUCCGCUCUACUCCAUUCUACUAUACUCCACUCCACUCUACUAAAUUCUACUCCACUCUACUACAUUCUACUCCACUCUACUAAAUUCUACUCUACUACACUCCACUCUACUAAAUUCCACUCUACUACACUCCACUCUACUACAUUCUACUCCACUACAUUCUACUCUACUACACUCCACUAAAUUCUACUCUACUACAUUCUACUCUACUACACUCCACUCUACUAAAUUCUACUCUACUCCACUCUACUCGACUACUCUAUUCCACUCUACUCUGAACACUACUUUCUCCAAACUAGCAGAACUCCUUAACCACACAUUCUCUUUCUAGAAGUCUUGCAUGUGUAUAUGUUAUAUUCUCACACAGAUGUUGUUAUGUCAGAAACGACAUUACAUUAUUAUAAAUCCUCACUAUUUCACAUCUACUGUUUAACUCAACAUUCUUUGGAUGACUGGGUCCACAGUGGCAUCACUGACAGACAAGUCUACUGUUAAUUACACACUGAUACGAUUACCGGUAUACAUGUAUCUGACUUACUCCGUACUAUAUUUGACUUUUACAUGGAGCUAUUUAGCAGGGAGUGUUUAAACAAAUAUAAACAGACUACUCAUUUACACACUAAUAUGAGUACACUAAUCUACACAUGUAUUUGAUAGACAGCUGGUGCUAUUAGCAACAGUAUGAAGCUUGUUUAGUCAUCUCUCUGUCUGUCUGUAGGGGACUGGUCUAACCAGGGACAUUACAGCAUUUCUAUACUAUAGUUUUACAGUAACGUGCGAUCGUUUUACAGUGACGUGCCAUCGUUUUACAGUGACGUGCCAUCGUUUUACAGUGACGUGCCAUCGUUUUACAGUGACGUGCCAUCGUUUUACAGUGACGUGCCAUCGUUUUACAGUGACGUGCCAUCGUUUUACAGUGACGUGCCAUCGUUUUACAGUAACGUGCCAUAGUUUUACAGUGACGUGCCAUAGUUUUACAGUAACGUGCCAUAGUUUUACAGUAACGUGCCAUAGUUUUACAGUAACGUGCCAUAGUUUUACAGUAACGUGCCAUAGUUUUACAGUAACGUGCCAUCGUUUUACAGUAACGUGCCAUCGUUUUACAGUAACGUGCCAUAGUUUUACAGUAACGUGCCAUAGUUUUACAGUAACGUGCCAUCGUUUUACAGUAACGUGCCAUCGUUUUACAGUAACGUGCCAUCGUUUUACAGUAACGUGCCAUCGUUUUACAGUAACGUGCCACAGUUUUACAGUAACGUGCCAUUGUUUUACAGUAACGUGCCAUCGUUUUACAGUAACGUGCCAUAGUUUUACUGUAACGUGCCAUAGUUUUACAGUAACGUGCCAUCGUUUUACAGUAACGUGCCAUCGUUUUACAGUAACGUGCCAUAGUUUUACAGUAACGUACCACAGUUUUACAGUAACUUGCCAUUUUUCCUCGCAUACUUUUUUUCUUUCUCUCAUGGCAAAAAAGAAUACAUGUAUUUUUUGAUUCAUUAUAUAUAUUUUUUCUGUUGAUUUUUGUAUGUACUGGACAAAGAACUGCCUUUGUUUGAAAUGAAUGUCACAUGCUAUGAGAACAGUGUUGUUCCCUAAAAAAGUUUGGUUUGUUGAUCUAUUUUACUGACUACUGUACACAGCUAGCUUCACCAACUGCUAACCAUGUGUAUUAUUAUCACUGCCUAAUAAACGGUAUGAACUGUG